CCCCCCCUCGGUUGCGGGUGAGUAGCCUUGUGGACCUAGGGUGGGGCCUUGGGGCCAAGUGUAGGGGCCAGAGAGGCUAGAAUUCCGGAGCUUGACCCUUCUUUUAGUUCUCCUCUCUUCUUGGAGAAGGAAGUAGAGUCUUUAGAGUUUUAAAGGCUGGGAGAGUGAAGGAGCCAGAAUCCAGGCUGGAUUUUGUAGCUGGAGCAAGUAUUGAAACCCUGAGGAAAAGGAGACAUUUUUAGAAGUGGCCUUUGGGACCUCAGUGGAAAGGACUCUUGCUCCCUUUAGCCCUGAUCUCGCUGGGACUGAUGCUGUAUAAGAACAGAAUUAAGUUUUGAGCCUGUCCCCCCAGGGAUGGAGGUGGUAUAUUCCUAGAGCCACCAGGAAUGUGCUUGUAUAUUUGUUUUUGAUAAAGAGGGUUCACUCUUUAAAAUUGUUUUGUUUUUUGAGAAUUUUAUUAAUUUUGUUUGGUACUGGCAGUGCAUAGAGUAGAGUCAGGAAGACCUGGGUGGAUAUGACCUCAACAUACUUUCUAGCCAUGUGACCCUGGGCAAGUCACUUAACCCAAAUUACCUAGCCCUUGCUGUUCUUCUGUCUUAGAAAUUAUCUUAAGACAAAAAGUAAGAGUUUUAAAAAAUUGUUUGUUGAUUACAUUAAAAUUCCCAGAUAUCUCCCUCCUUUCCUUCCCUCACCAAUGUAGAGAAGGCAUGUUUUGAUGAAAAAAUGUAUAUAUAAAUUAUGUCUUUCAUGUUUCUGUUUAUCAGUUCUUUCUCUGGAGAUCAACAAGUUUUUGUUCAAAUAUUAAUUCUGUAGCUGUAUAUGUUUUCUUGGUUCUACUCAGUUCUCUUUUCAUAAUUUCAUGUAGUUCCUUACAGAUCUGUUUGUUUUUAAAUUAAUCUGUUCAUUUCUUAUUGUAUAGCAUCAUUUAAAUUGUUAAGCAUUUAUUAAAGCCUUCUCUAGGGAUACAUAUCAGACGCUGUAGGAGAACCAUAAAACCUGUUAAGUAGAACUGUAGGGGCCCAUUGAUUGGCCCUUCCUGUUUAAAAAUAAUUACCUUUGUUAAUUAAGAAUCCUUCUUGAUUCAAAUCAAUCAAUCACAAUUAACUGUGGAACACAUCUCCUUGAAAUAAUUAAAUCCAUUUAUUGAAAGAUCCUUGGUUGUAAUACUGAAAAGGAAGAACCAUCUCAGAACCAGAUAGAAGGUCUAGAAGUGGAGAAGAAAGAGCCAGAUCUUAAGAGAACUGAAUCAGAAGACCUGGCAGACCAGGGCAACCAGCACAAUGAAGGAGAGAAAAAGUAGGAUUGGGCAGUGGCAGAGAAGAGGGAUUUGGAGGUAGUCCAUUGGCUCUCCAGACAAAAGACUUGAGGUGAAGCCCCCAGUAUAUCCUACCUAUUCAAGGACUGAGGGAAGAACUGAAAAAAGCAAAGGGAGAAGCCAGCAUCUAAGCUAAAUGAUGAUGACCUUAAAGAACAAGGAAGAUGGAAAGGAGCAGAAGAAAACAUUUGCUUGGCCUAAACCAAAAGCCAGCACUGUGACUUCUUAUGUGGCUCCAGAUGCCCCCAACAAUGAAGAUACUCAAGAAAUCAGGCUCCCUGGGGUGAAUGCCAAGCAAAGCCAGCCAAAAGACAAGACUGAGAAGAAAAAGGAGAAAGUCACAAAGAAGAGUUCAGGAAGUGACAAGGAGGGGAAGGUAGCCCUAGCCCCUAAGACCAGCAAAGAACAAGACACUAAAGGAGCUGAGAGGAAAACAGAAAAGAUACCUCUCAGACAAUCUGGUGGCAACCAAACCAUGUCUCUCCCUGUCCUCUGGCUUCUCCCCUGUCCCUGGGAAAGGCAUUCUUUCCGUGUGGAGAGUUCUCCAGAGCUGGAGAGAACCUAGCUUUCUUUGCUUUCAUGUUUCUUGAUCUUUCUUCCCUAUCCCAUAACUUUUGGGACAUUAGUUCUCAUAUAUAAUUAAUCUCUCCCAUCCUACUACAAUUUGGAGGUGGUGGGGGAGAUAUUGAAGUCCUUUUUCCACUUUGGCUUUUUAGCAGGCCUGGGAUAGGGUCUAGGAAACCUUUGAUGAAUUAACCUAACCCCUAAUGCCCUGAACCUUUUGAGUUCCUUACCUCCUCGGACUUUGAAAGAAUGUCUACCUGGCCUUGGUGGAACAUCAGAGGUUCCUCUCUCUCUCUCUCUCUCUCUCUCUCUCUCUCUCUCUCUCUCUCUCUCUCUUCCUCCAGCAGAAGCUAAGUCUCACCAAUGAACAGUUUGAGGAGAUUUUCCAGUGUGUGCUUCAGAAGACUCUCCAGGAGUGCCUGGAUCUUACCUGUGGUAGGAGAGGGGCAAGGGCAUAAGAAAUAGGAGUCUGAGGACUUGUGGGCUCUGCAGCAUCUCCAGCACCCUGCUCUGGCAGUUAGAGAACAGAAGAAUUCUAGAAGGGAGCUUAAAAGAUCAUCUAGUUUAUACCCAAACCACUGGACUGUUUUAUAGCCAAGCUCUUCCUAGUAAAGUCCGUCUUUUUAAAGCCUUUUUCCCAAGAUUGGGCAAGUUCAAUGUUUAACCUAAAUUAUUUACCCUGCUUUAAGUUUAUUUCCUUGUGUUUUUACUUAGGAGAUGUAUAAUGGCCUCUCUAAUACUUUAAAAUUAAUAUCAAGCUUCCCACCCUCCUAUUGCCUUAAUUUUCUCAUUCCCAGGCUGUUUUUAUAUAUCAUAAUUGAUUUGAUUUUGUAAGAGUGACGGGGAAUCUAAUAAAAAGAAGAAAGUAAAUGUAAUUAGACCACUUUUGGGGGUCUAUUCCAUGAUAUCUUUUUUUUAGCCCUCACUCGCUAUCAGGAUCUAUUCUAAGGCAGAAGAAUAAUAUGGGCUAGGCAGUUAGGGUUAAGAGACUUGCCCAAGGUCACCCAGUUGGGAUGUGUCUGAGGCCAGAUUUGGACCCUGGUCCUUCCAAUUCCUGGCCUGGCACUCUAUCCACUAUGCUACCCAGCUGCCCCCAUGAUGUCUUUUCAAUUAGAUUUUGAGUCUAAGGAAAUGUGUGACAUAUAUAGGGACUCGAUGAACAUGGGGAUAUAAAAUAGAAUAUUGUUGACUUCUACUAUAUGUAAAUAUUGGUAUAAAGUACUACUCUAGGAUGUGUGAACAGAUGGUUUCAAAUCAGUAUGAAAAAUUCCCUCAAACAAGUUGGCUUGAAAGUGAUUGAAAACUAAAGAGGCAUGAUUUUGGCUUAGAAUGAGGAAAAACUUAUACACACAUAUACAUCCAUCCAUGUGUGAAUAUUUUGUGCAGAACUGUGAUUUCAUUAGUGUGGGGAGCUCCUGGUUUGGAAACUCAUUUCUGGAAUUUAUAAUCUUAGAGAGUUUCUUGGGCUAUUGAAAGAUACCUUUGAUCAUGCUGUUUGUAGGUGUCAGAGGCAGGAUUUGAACCAAAUCUUUUUGACUUCUAGGUUUAUCCUCUGUGUGCCAUGCCUCUUCUCUCCAAAGAAUUAGAGCUGUACAAAAGGGGAUUGGAGCUAGUGAGUUUCCUAUCACUACAGGUAUUGAAUUCCUGGUCAGGUACAGAUUGGCCUAGAUGACUUUCAAGAUCCUUUCCAACUCCAAAAUUUGAUGAUUCUUUGAUUUGAGAAAUGGUCAGGGGCAGGCUUUUUCAGGAAUAAAAUAAAAAAUGGUUUAAUCCAAGGUAGAGAAUCUGAAGAGAAGGGGGUACUUAUUAUUUACAGUGUUUUGCUUUUGUGAACCUUGGUUUUUCAGAGACUUCGGGUGUUCAAUGCAUUGCAUGUUCCCAAGGGGCAAAGGAGACAGGCAUUAUUAUCACUACUUCUGAUGUGAAUAGUUAAGUUUAUCCUAGUGAAGCAGAGUAUAUCCUAGUGGGCUUACCUAUAGGGAGUUGGACACUCCUUCCAAGAAGUUGCUUAUUGCAUGAGAUGACAGAAGAAGCCAAUGUGAGCACAGGGACAGCUGGAUAGAUGAAAUUAUCUUUGGAGGCCUAGGGAGUUUCAUUUUCCUUAACUCCUGUACCUUUUUUUUUUAACCCUUACCUUCUGUUUUAGAAUCAAUAUUGUGUAAUGGUUCCAAGGCCAAAGAGUGGUAAGUGCUAGGCAAUGGGGGUUAAGAGACUUGCCUAGGGUCACAGAGCUGGGAAGUAUCUGAGGCCAGAUUUGAACCUAGGACCUCCCAUCUCUAGGGCUGACUCUCAAUCCACUGAGCUUCCCAGCUGCCCCCUACUCAUAUACCUUUUGGCUCCAUAAAUGGGAGGAUACCACAGAUUACUACUUUCUGUCAAUUUUCUAAAAAAUUGUAUUUCUAGGAAGCUACUGGAGACACCUUAUCCCCCAAUAACCCUUGCCUCUAAAGAAGAAGGGAUUGUUCCUGGGACCCAGUCAUCCAAAUCAGAUAUUUUACCUUCGGAGAAGAAACAGAACACUCUUCCCUUAAGCAAUAAAAAAAAAGAAGAAAACAAGGAGAAAACCAAGCUAACACAAGAGAGUUGUAAGCACAGAAGGAAGGGCCAACCAAGGAAAAUAGUACAAGGCUACACCCAGAUCAGUGAUCAAGAAGAAAGUGGGGGAGAAUGGGCAGGCAAUUUUGGUAUUGCCUGGGUGCAGUGCUCCUUCCCCAGCUGUGAAAAGUGGAGACAACUCCAUGGCAACAUUAACUCCUCCUCAAUCCUGCCAGAUAAUUGGUCAUGCAGUCAAAAUACAGGUGGCCAAUUAGAUCCUGAUCUGGGAGAGUAUUUUCUCUUUACCUCUCAACAAGAUGUCUUGCCUGCCAAAUACCAUGUGACAUUUUUUGGGAAUUCUGUGUCUCGAGCCUGGAUCUCUUCCAACAUGUUGAAGAACUUCCAGGAACUGUCCCUGGAACAGGUUGAACGGGAUCAAGUUAGCUUGUUUGGUUUCAGCAGCCGCUGUAAGGAGAAUGCAUCAGAGCCUGACAGCAGUGAGGAGGAAGGAGACAUAUUUUUCAAAGAGACUAAAAAGACGCAGAGCACUGGAAGCUCAAAUUCUGGUUUUUCAAAGGAAGAAAGCAAGGUAAGAUCUCAGGGUUUUCUCAUAGUACAGUUUUGGGGAUAACCCUGUUUAAAUUCAGAAAAUUAUAGUGCCAUCUGGUUGAGAUUUGGGCAUUUGUUCAUCCUAUUCUUGCCACAAAGCAUUCCCAAAAGGUCCCUUUUCUAACCUUAAAGAUCUCCAGAAAAGAAAUUUCCACUUUUUUUUUACUCAUUUAAGCUGUUCAUUUCUAGUUCAGGUCCUAAGAAGACUACUUUUAAUUGUAGAUCAUGAAUACCCCCCUCCCCCCAUUUAUCUUUAAUAAUCAACCAGUUGACAUAAAGGAAAACAGUUAGUAAGAUGACACAAGUUCAAUAGUAACAGAACAUUCUUCCCAUACACCAGGGUAGAUGAUCCCAGAAAUAUUUCUUAGAAUCGGUGGGAAGAAUGAGUAUACACAUAAUAGAAAUGCUCAGUGUAUGUGGUCAAGGCAGUUCACACCUCUGGUACUAUGAGCCCAGAUGUCCUUUUGUUUUUUUUGUAUUGCCCUCUAGCUGUUCACCUGGCUGUAAUGUGUUUUACUGAACAGGUCACUCAUCUGAGUUCCCAGAUCUUGUUCCUUUCUGUAGCUCAACCCUGGUGGCAACCAAGUCUUGUGCUUAGACUGAGCAUGCUCCCUUCUGGGUUUGGCAUCUCCUUUGGACAAGUAACACCAUUCAAGAUGCCAUUCUCCUCCAGCAAGAAGCAAAGAAGUUUGCCUCUGAAAGGCUGAAUUCUUCUUCCAUAACUGGCAGGCUCUUUCCUGGGUUCACAGACUGAGAGUUGUCUCCUGCCUCAGUCAACAAGAGAGACAGAGAGUGUAUGCAUGUAUGCCUGCCUGUCUGUCUGUCUGUUUAUCUAUCUUGCUGGCAAGUUGCUAGUCUUUCAGACAGCUGGUGGCUAGCUGCUCUAGAAUUAGAUUAAGCAUAGAACCUUACACUUCCUGAAAGGGUAGCAAAGUGUAAACCUUUUUGUAUUUUAAGAACUUAACAGUUGUUACUUGUCCCCUCUCUUUUGUACAGCUAGACCUGAAGAAAAUUAAUAGCUCAAGGAUUCAUUGAACAAUUUCCCUGGAUGGUUUAAAAUUUGGAAAUUCUUUUUUGAGUCUAGCUUUAAUCCCACAUACUAUUUUUUUUGGCCAUACCCUAGUGAAUAUAGAAAACACUCACUCUUUUUCUCUUCCACCUCCAUAAGACUUUUCUAAUAAUAAUAGUUGGUAUUUAUUCACUGAUUUCCUUUGGCUUCUUUCUCUUUUCCAGGAAAACUAAUUAAAAAUUUUAAUUCAGCAAACAUUUAUUAGUGACUAGUACUACAUAUUGAUAUUCUUGGUAAUGAGGAUACAAAGAUAAAUACCGAAAACACCCUGAUCUCAGUGAUAUUAAAUUCUAAAGAUACAAACAAAUAAUCUUGUUAUGGUGAAGAGUGGAAUAAGUAUAAAGAAAAAGGCAGAGGAAAUUUAAAAAAAAGGACAGAAGAAAGGGAGAUCAUAUACAUCUGUGGGGUUGAGGUAGGGUUAGGGAAGGCAUUUUGGAGGAGAUGGCACCUGACUUGAAUAAUGAAGAAAGGAGUCACCCUGCUGCUCCCUGGAUACCUGAUUCUGGCAUCAGUCCUAUCUUUCCUUUGUAUUCUCUGCUGCUACCGAUUUCAUAGGAUAUAAUAAUGUGAAAUAAUAGCAAAGUAGUUAAAAGUGUAUGUAAAAGAAAACUGCUUAAUGCCAUAUUAGAGGGAUCUAUUUAAGCUCUCCAGGUUCCAGUUCCCUAGCCUUAACUUGACCCAUGAUCCUGUAGACCAGAAUCCCAUCACCUUUUCCAGCUACUUUUAAGUCCUAAAAAAAUGGGAUCUUCACAGGAAUUGUUAUUCAGUCAUUAGACUCUUUGUGAUCCCAUUAAACUUUCCUAUGGAGCAAAAAUUUCUUGGCAGAGAUAAUGGAGUGAUUUGCCAUUUCCCAUUUUACAGAUGGGAAACUCAAACAAAUAAGGGUUAAGUAACUUCCUCAGGGGUCACACAGCUAGGAAGUGUCUGAGGACAAACUUGAAUUCAGAUCUUCCUGACUCCAGGCCAGUGUUCUAUCCAUUGUACCACUCUACUGUCCCUUAUCUGGACUAGUGGUUUCCUAUAGUUUUUGCUUACGCAUCUCAUCAGUUAAAAAAAAAAAUCUCUUAUAAAUUAGAUACAGGCACCAUCAUAAUCAUGAGUCUGUGACACUGGAGGGUAACAUUAUCUUUCUGGAAGGAGAUUUGGCUUCAUCUUUCAAGUCUCCACCCUGUGCCCCCUCCUUUCUCUUCUAGUAGAGAUUGGAGAUUUAAUUAGCCUCACCUGUUAAUACCACUUUUAGCCUAGGAAUAAUAUAAUGGCCACUUGGUCCCCAUCCUAAUAUUUUUUGGAAUUUAUCUCAGAUGAAAAAUCAUGAGUCGAAUGUUGCAUGAGUUCUCCUAUCCAUUGCCAAUAAGCUAGCACAGGAGACAGACACAGGAAAAACAGCAAUCUGUUUCUUCAGGGUGAGGCACACCCCCACCGGUAGAUGAUGAAUACAGGUAUGUGUGAUAAUGAAGUAAACGACAUUUUUUAAAGUAAAUUUAAAAAAAAAUGUUUUCCAGAUUACACAUUGCUACAAUUUUCAGUAAUCAUUUUCUGACAUUUUUUGAUCCAUGUUCUUUCCCUCUCUCUCAUCCAACCCCCAUCUCCAAGAUGGUAGAUAAUGUGAUGUAGAUUGUACAUUUGUGUACACAAUACACACUUCCAUGUUCAUUUGUGAAAAAAGACACCUUUUUCUCCCACUAGAGAAAAAUUCAUGCAGGAAAUAAAGCGAAGAAUGGUAGGCUUCAGCCUACAUUCAGACUCCAUCAGUCCCUUCUAUGGUGGUGCAUUUUUUUCCUCCUAAAUCUCUUGGAGUUGUCCUGGAUCCUUGCCUUGCUGAAUACAGCUAAAUUGUUCAUAUAAUUGAUCAUUGCAAAUCUGUUUCUGUGGUUCUGCCCACUUCAUUUUGCAUCACUUCCUAAUAAGUCUGUUGAGGUUAUAUUGUGAUCAUCCUGUUUGUCAUUUCUUAUGGCCCAAUAGUACUCCAUUUCAAGCAUGUACUACAAUUUGUUCCUCCAUUCCCCAGUUGAUGGACUUUCCUCAGUUUCUAGUUAUUUGCUACCACAAAAAAAAGCAGCUAUAGAUAUUUUUGUACAAAUAGGUCCUUGCCCCUCUCUUUGGUCUCUUUGGGACCCAGACCUAGGAGUGGUAUUGCUGGGUCAAAGGGUAAGAACAAUUUUAUAGCCCUUUGAGCAUUGUUCCAAAUUGCUCUCCAAAAUGAUUGUAUUUGUUCACAACUCCAGCAAUGGUGUAUUGGUGCCCCAAUUUUCCCACAUUCCCCCCCCCCCAACAUGUUUAAUUUUCCUUUUUUAUCAUAUUAGCCAUUCUGUGAAGUGCAGAUGACUUUUCUAUAUUCCCUCCUCCAAAGCUACAGGAACCAAAGACAGUAACAAAAGGGAAGAUGUAUUUCUUACACAUCAAUUUGGUCAUGUGGGUAGAUCUCUAGAGAGGUAAAUAUACUUCUUUUCUUUUUUUGAACCACCCAGCUGCCCCUGUAAAUAUACUUCUUACAACAAAAGAGGAUGUUUACUUCUUGUUACAAAGGGCAGAAAGUGUCCUUGUUAGCAUCACCAUUUACACACUACCCUAAAGAAAACAAUAGCCUCUUAAAUUAGCCAACCAAGAAAUAGUUGUUAAACCCUAUUACAGGCUUUUGAUAUUGUUUAAUUCAUCUGGAUCCAACUCUUCUAGAGGGACCCCUGUUAGAAAUACUGGAGUGGUUGGCCAUUUCCUUCUCCAACUUAUUUUGCAGAUGAGGAACUGAGGCCGAGGUUAAAAUGACUCAGCUGGCCAAGGUCAUGCAGCUGAGCAAUGUCUGAAGCUGGAUUUGAACUAAGGAAGAUGAGACUGCAGACCUCUCAUUCUUUCUGCUUCAUCACCAGGGUUUUGCCAAAUACCAUAAAGCAGAAGGAGAUAACUUUCUUGCACUAUCAAAGUCCUCUCUGGCCUCUAUGGGAUUCCAGGAAGAAUCUCUGAGCUGAGCCACAGAGAGCUAAGCUCUGGUCCUGUCAGAAAGCAUUCCAAUGCAUAAUUUAUGAGUAGGCCAUGCGGUCUUUGUUCUGGGAGUUUGAAAAGAGCAGGCUGAACUUACCACGCCUCUAGCUUGUACGUCAUUGAUUUGUCAAGCCACUGUAAAUCCACUAUAUGCAUUACCUACCUCUGACAUCAUUAUCUCAAUAAAUACGCAGGAAGGACGCCAUUUUCUUCCUCUUGUUCCUUUUCUCUCUCUCUCUCUCUAACCUGCCUGCUGGCCACAUGGACCACUCCUGUUAUGGAGAUCCAGUGUGCCUCUAAAGAUCUUCUUUCUUUAUUCUUUUGCUUCCUUCUGUUAUAAUUAAAAUAGUUGGGCCUUCAUAAACUGUAAGAGUUAAAAUGGUAGAGGUUAUAAACUGUAGUGAGUUAAAAGAGUUGAAGAUAUAAAUUGUGAUAGAUAUAAGAGUGGGUGAGUAAAUUGUGACCCCAGAAAAUAUGUUUUCACUACAGUGUCUUGUUUAAAAUAAAAUAUAAGGUGGUCGCCAGGGAAAUAUUCCCAAUUAUGACUAUACCCAAGUUAACUGGGUUUUAUAGAGACUUUAAUUAAUAAUACAAUGAGGAAUUAAAGAAAGAGAGAAAGAGUAAGAAAGGAAUAAGUAUGAAGGGCCUUAAGCCAACGUGGCCUAGACCUGAGUCUUAAUAGAGAGAUCAGUCAGUCUUUAAUCACUCACCACAAAAUCUGUGAAGCAAGGAUUCUAGUGACACCAGGCCAGCAUCAUCUCAGCUGCUUUCACCAGCUCAAUCCUCAAUUUGAAUGUUUCAGACUGUGACUGAGAGAGUCUUGAGAGAGAGACCCUUCAAGGCAGCCUUUCCCAGCUGACCCUUUUUAGAGAGAGCUUUUCGUCUCCUUUUAAAGGGCAUUUUCUCCUUUGUCACCUCCCCUAAAUUCUUACAUCUACCAAUCACAGUAGACGUUUUUCAAAGGACAGACCAUUCUUAGUUCAUACCUAAGAAGGUGUGAACUUUUGAGUAAUUCACACCAGGAAAGCUCUGAGUAAGUUUCCCAGUUCUUUGUUCCUUGUAAAUUCACACUUCUCACCUCACUCCUGAUUCCUAAUCUAUGCAUUCUUGGUUAUUCUUCCUUCCUUGUAUGCUCUACAAAGGAAGAUAAAUGGAAGAUGCGUCCUUCCUGAACAGUAUCUGAUCUGUCUGUGUGUCUGACUCAGUUUCCCCCAAACUCUCCCUCCGGCUUCUUUCUCCUCCUCAAAAUCAUAAUCCUGUAGAUGUUCCCUUUUGUGUAGUGGCUGCAGGACAGACCACUGCAGCCUCUUUUUUGAAAGAUAUUUUAUUUUACCAAUUACAUGUAAUAAAUUUCCACAUAAGAUUUCUGAAGUUAUAAGAUCCAAAUUUUCUCUUUUCCUCUCUU